AUGCAAUUCUCUGCGAUCGCCCUUUCUGCCUCCGCUUUCUUCUCCGCUUCACUCGCAGCCAAGCUGCAAAUGAGAGCCGGUGACUGCUCUACUGAUAGUGUCAAGUGUUGUAACCAAGUCAAGGACGCCUCCUCCAUCGACACUGGUACGCUCGGAUUACUCGGUAUCGAUGAAUUAGCUGGUCAAGUCGGACUCGAAUGUGACCAAAUUGCUGCAGUCGUCGGUGUUCCGAUCUCUAACCAAUGCAAGACUACAGCUGCUUGCUGCAGUGACCAAACUCAAAAUGGCCUUGCCAACUUGGGAUGUGUUCCAAUUUCUGCCAUUUAA